AUGAACACCAAUAAAGGUGUUAAUGGUGAAGAUAGCUACGGCUGGGCCACCCUAAUCGUCGCAGGCGGCGGCGCCUACUUCUUCGCCAAACGCAGCAUCAACGCCGACCGAGCCGCAAAAGCAGAAGCCGACCGUCAAAAACGCAUUCGUAUCUACCAACUCGAGCAUGGCAUGCAGGAAUCCGCGCCGGUGACUACGCCGUUGAAUCCGACGGCACGGGCGGGGUCGACGCAGGCGGCGCCAAAUAGUGUGACAAGAGGUAUUGGGGGUGGGAUGGGACAGGCUGAGGGCAAUCCGAGUAUACAGGCGAGUCAGGAUCCGGCGCCUACGAGACAUGCGCCGGAGAGUGAGGGACAGAGGGUGGGCGAGAAGAGCAAGUAUGAGGCUAAUGAGGUAUAUCGGAGUCGGAAGGGGGAUCGAUUUUCGUAG